GCAGAAAGCGUAAAAGGGUGCCCGCUGUUUUUUUGAACCAGUGCCGUAACCAUCGAUCAAUUAGUUCAGUUCAGUACAAACGUGUGUCGUACGUCGCGUAAUUUCUAUCACCAGGAAGUGAAUAGUUUUCUCCCGUACAAAAUGUGGAACGGAAUUGCCAGUGGUUUGCUAGUGGUGGCGUUCGCAGCUACGUGCUAUGGAGCGUGCGAUGAACCAUGUCCAGCACCGCCAAAACACUACAGCGAACUUGGUUGUAAACCCAUCGUCGAGGAAGGUCAAUGUUGCCCGAAAAGGUACGAAUGCCCGGAGUUGACGGAUCGCGACGGAAACAAAUGUUACUUCAAUGGGCAAAUUUAUCCAGCAGGUGGCAAGCUGUCACCGGCCGAUCAGGAAAUGAAUUCGUGUUCCCCUGCCUGUUUCUGCUCGAACAACACCGUACCAGCAUCAUUCCAGUGUGCAAGUAUUGAUUGUCCCGAGUUUCUGGAUUCCGGCGCAGACGAUUGCAUUCACCAGUACACGCAGUAUGGAUGCUGUGCAGAGAAAACCGUCUGUGGAAAGGAAAAGCUGGAAAAGCUCACACAGUGCUAUGUGGAUGAUAAACUAUAUUACGAGGGUCAGCGGAUGUACCCGUUAGAUGAACCGUGCAAAUCUUGCCUCUGUAAGCCGGGCUUCGACAACAGCACGUUCGUGGACAAUCCACACUGUUACGAGACGCAGUGCGGACUGGAACUGCACGCUGGCAGUCGGAUCGCGAUGGGUUGCAUACCGAUCUACUUUGGAAAUCAUCGAUGCUGUCCGAUCUCGUGGAAGUGCCCGACCGACAGUGAUGAGGUGAUCAUCGACGGGCGUACGGAACAAAACGAUGAGCAGGAACCGUACAUGCAGUGUAAGUUCGGUAAGCUAACGCUCAACAAGGGAGAUGGAAUUACCAGCGAUAAUAAGUGUGUCGAUUGCAAGUGCACGGUACCACCGUUGGCGCACUGCAUUCAGCGUGCAGAUUGUUGAACAAAAGCCUGAACAACAGCCCCACAUUAGCAUAAGUUCUUUUUUCUGUACGAUUAUUAUUUAAACCAUGUGAGAAGCAAAGGAAACGUUACUUAACCGCCACAUAAAGAGGUGGUGCGCAAAUAAAGCUACUAGAAAACUAUUAAAA